GCCGCACGUGGUGCAGCCUCGCGUGGCCGCGGGCGGAGUUCGAAGCCCGGGCUGGCACCCGGAGGCCGGUGUCGGUGCUGCUCCUCGUGCAGGAUGGAGGGGUCGGCCGCGGCCGUGUGUGAGAUUUUGAAAUACUUGAUAAUUCACUGGAAGUGUGAAACAGCCAAAGGAGCGUUGCUUGAAGGACAGCUAGUGAUUUCCAUGGAAGCAUUCAAUUCUGAGCGCCAGGCAAACACUCUUCAUUGUGUAACAACCAUUACUUCUGCAGGAAGCCUUUGUGGUGGUUUGGUCUGCAAGACAUUUCUAAAAGAAAUGCAGUCUGCACUGCCCGGACUCUCUGCCACACUGGACUGGACUUCGGAGGGAGCCAGCUGUUCUCAGGACGUGUCCAGGGUCACACCUUUCCAGAUGACUUUUGAGGUUGAUGCAAAGCCCAGAACUGUGGUGACAGAUAGUCUGGUUAUAAAGAAUUUUUUACGCAAGGUUGUCAUGGUGCACCCUAAGGUCAGAUUUAAGUUCAGCGUGCAGAUGAAUGGAGUCCUCUCUACAGAAGUCUUCGGGUCAGACAACGAACCAACUUUGAACCUGUCGAACGGAGUUGCUCUUGUCGUGAACUGUCAGCACUACCUGAGUAGACCAACAUGUGGUUCAACUCCGUUACUCUGCAGCAGAAUCCAUCCCGUUCUCGGACGCCCAGUAAUGCUUCGCGUCCCCAGUGACGUGGCCGGCACGGGCUUGUCGGGGGGGCUGAUACUGACUCCGGCUGCCGCCGUGUGUCCCUGCCCGAGGAUCUCUUCCAACCAGCCGAAUAGGAUUUCUUCGGUCUCCGUAUUUCUAUAUGGACCUUCAGGUCUGCCUCUGAUACUGCCAAGCCAGGAGCAGUCAGUGACUAUGUCUUGGGCUGAUGUCUUCAAAGAUCUCUCUCAUUUCAUUGACUGGAAGAAAUACCACUUGUGUGUGGUGCCCAAUUUGGAUCUCGAUUUGGAUAGAGACACGGUGCUUCCAGACGUGAGUUAUCAGGUGGAGUCCAGUGAGGGACAUCAGUCUCAGCGUGUGGACCCUCGGGGACACGCUCUGCUGCUCAUUCUCUUUGUGGACUCCCACGGCGGGUUUCCAGCCCAGCAAGUGCAGCUCUGGGGAGCCCACGCGCUGCUCGCAGCUCGGCUCGGCGCCGUCCUCAGGGAGAACCGCAGCGCGGUGCGCGAGUCCCUCCAGCUGGCCGUGGACCGGGCCCUGGAGCAGCAUCACCGGGCUGCCAAGGCUCAUCAGAGACGGCGGGCCUCACUGGCGGUGGCCGUGGACUCCAUCAUGAGUGUCGUGACCGGCAGCACCAGCCGCAGCUUCCGGAAGACCUGCCUUCAGGCCCUGCAGGUGGCGGACACGCGGGAGCUCGGGACCAAGCUGCACAGAUCCUUUCACGAGAUCACUCAGCACCGAGUUCUUCACCACGGCUCCUGGGAGGCGAAGCAGCAACUGCUCCCAGAGAAAAAUGACACAGAGGACAGAACAGAGGAUGCGCAUGAGGACAGCAGCCUGGAGCUCCUCGUAGGGGCCAGCGGACAAGCAGAAAACAAGAGGCUCAAGAAGGGCGGCCACCGCCAGGUCGUGGAGGGAACGCGGGCUUUCCACUCUGCCAGGGGCCCGAGCCCGUCGGAGGCUGCCCUGCGCAGCGCACAGGCCCCCGCGGCCUCCCUGACUCCCGGAGGAAGCAGGGCGGGCCCCGGGGGCGGCCUGGAGGACGCCCUGUGGCUGCAGGAGGUCUCCAACCUUUCGGAAUGGCUGAGUCCCGGCACCUGAGCCGAGCCCCCUCCCCAGGCGUCCAAACCAGCCGGGCGAAGGCUGAAGCCACGUGUAGUCUGUUGUUCAAUAAACCAGCUCCCUUCGCGCCGGGUCUGUUUCAGUGUUGUGGGCAGCG